GUGUAGGGGGUUGCGCAUUGCCAUCGAAUGUGACGAAACCCGGAAGAAGGAGGCUGACAAUUAAUUUGCGUUCCAAAACAACAGUGCAACGAAAAAAGACAAAUCUAAAGCUUCAGCUCCUAACACACCGCUGUCUGUUGUGUUGUGGCAGAGCCGUGCUGCAGAGCUCUUGUCUUUGGGAAGAUGUCGUGUGGUGGAGCUGGAUCCUGGACCUUUGUUAAAGUCGCAGUCGUGACCGUGUUUCUGCUGAAUCUGGUUGAUUUCACGCAGGCGAAGAACUUUGAAGAUGUUCGCUGCAAAUGCAUCUGCCCUCCAUACAGGAACAUCACUGGCCACAUAUAUAACAGAAAUGUGUCCCAGAAGGAUUGUAACUGCCUUCAUGUAGUGGAGCCUAUGCCGGUGCCUGGUCAUGAUGUCGAGGCGUACUGCCUGCUGUGUGAGUGCAAGUACGAGGAGCGAAGCAGCAACACCAUCAAGGUAACCAUCAUCAUUUACCUGUCUGUUGUGGGUGCACUACUGCUCUACAUGCUGUUUCUGCUGCUGGUUGAUCCUCUUAUCCGCAAACAUGACCCCUACACCCAGCCCCUGCACAAUGAGGAGGACUCUGAGGAGAUGCGUCCGCAGGUGGUCAGCAGCCAGGCGAAAGCGAACACAGUGCUGGAGCGGGUUGAAGGAGCACAGCAGCGCUGGAAAAAACAGGUCCAGGAACAACGCAAGACUGUUUUUGACCGUCACAAGUUGCUUAGUUAAACCCUGCGGAGAUGUUUAGAACAGGUACCUUCAUCUGGCUCAGUGCACUGGAACCAGCUGUACUAUUACUAACUCCACUCUCACGUUCCUCACUAAGAAACGCUUAAACACACUGAUCUAACAAGCAGAUAUUUUCUAUUUAUUAGCUGCAACGCUAUAGGCUAAGUUACAUUUUGCACACUCUUAACGACUACUAUAUAUGGAAUGUCUUGAUAGUAAGAACUUUUCUUGUCUGUUGAGCCAGACUCUGAAAAGCUUUAAGCUUCUUCAUGGUACUUUUUAUCAGCUCCUUGCUGAUAUAUUAUUAUAUUAAGCAUUUCUUCUUGUAGCAUAAAUUAUGAUGUUACCUCUGAACAGGUAAAGCUUUGUGUUUCUGAAUGAUCCGUUUUGCUGAUGAGGUAGAAAUCGAACCCCAUCUGUGCUAUUGCCAAGCAUCGCACAUGUCAUAAUUUGGUACUAAUAAUAAUAAUUUAAAAUAAUAAUUUAUUCAUAUUUUAACUGGGCGUAUUUGUUAUCAUUUGCACUAUUAAUGUGAGUAAAGGCUUGUACAUUUUGGGAUUUGUAAUUUCACGUUCCUUCGCUCUUUCUCUCCUUGUAUAAGCAAAUGUAUCACAACACAGAGUGCACAUGUGGCUCUUAAAGGUCGUUUUUUUCCUCAUCUUGCCAAAUGUAACAGACGGUACGCUCUACCCAACAUCUGCACAUACUGUAUAUCAUCCACUGGGUAAAAGUUUGUUUACCUUUAAUCAUUUACAUUGAAUUUAACUGAAUCUGAACUUUUUGAUCACUGAGUUAAACACAAGGCCACGUUUACACUCUCUGUUUUGCAGUCUAGCUGGAACAUACGUUUCAAUGCAAGGAUAGAUAUGGAGAACGGGGCAUUUAACAGAGCUUUAAGUUCAAACUCAAAUGAAUCACUUCUCUGCCAGUGGAGAAUAACCAGAACCAGUAGAGCUGCUGAUAAUGCGGUGAAGUACGAAUCAGGAGGUCUUUGAACGACCGUCAUGUGCAUCACUAUGUUGUAAGUUCUCCUUUACAUUUUACUACUGAAGCUUAAAUAAGACAGGUACACUGACAUACGUUACAUCAUGCUUAAUACAAACUGAAUUUUAUUUGUUUAUCUGUGAAGCUUUAUUUCAUCAAGUGUUUUUGAUUGAGUUGUGUAUGAUUUCACAUCAGUGGUAUCAGUGUUUUGUAAUUAUAUUUAUUAAUUUCUAGCAUCAACAGAGUAUUUCAGUGCUCAUAUCUAUAUGUUUGGCUUGAUGUGAAAUAAUAAUAAAAAACACU